AGCAACCAAGAAACUGCGUCCUGUCUGCAUGCGUUGCGCGUCCUCUCUUUUUCUCCGAAUCUUCCUUUCUUUCUGUCUUCAGCUUUUAUUCUGAGUAACUUUUUCAAGAUGGAGAUGAGUUCAGGUAACAGCAGCAAGAAGAGGAAAGUUUGCCAAGUAGAAGAAGAAGACGAGGAAGCCAAAAUGGAAACGUUCUUCGCCUUGGUGAGAAACAUCCGCGACACUCGCGAUCGAUGGAUCGGUUUGAGGUCAGGUGACAGCAAGUUGAAGAAGGGUGAGAUUAUGAGGGGCAAGGAAGAAAGUAAAGUUGGGGUUUGGAAGCCAAAGUUUCAACUUGAAGAUUUCGCGGAUGAGGAAGCUCGGUGCGGAAACUCCGACCCUAGUUUGGCCCUAGUAGGAGAUGCAUCUCGGAGCAAAACCUGUGGCAAGGAAGAGGACGCAGAAAAGGGUAUUGACCUGAGCCUCUCACUUUGACAAAUGGACCCAACAAGUGUUUGCGAUGUGACCAUGUUGUUUCUUGUAAUCCAUACUCAGAAUCAGAAACCUAAACAUGUGUCUGUCUAACUCGAUUGCCACUCGGCAACUUAAUUUGUAGAUUUGUGGUUAGUUAAUAUGUUUUUUGCUUAAUUUCAAGGCUUUUAGUCACCUGAACUGUAUUUUCAACUUCAACUAGUGAAUCUAUUGUGCCUUUUCAGUUCCAUCCAUGGCACUGCUUCUGAAUUCAAGUGCAGAAGGUGGAGAAAUUAUUGUUUAGUUUUCUGUGUUAUCACAUGUUUAUGGUUCUGAUCAA